AUGGGUUGUGUUAUAUCAGGAUUGCAACGCACAAUGUCUCUAUUCAGCAGACAUUCUAAUAACUCUGAGGAUAUGCAAGCAAAAUUAGAAAGAAAAAUGUAUCUUGCUCGAGAAUCCCCAGAACCAGAUUUCGAUUUAUCAGACUGCCAGCUUCGACGUGUGCCUUCUGGGAUAUUUUCUAUAUGUAAAGUGUUUAGAAAAGAUAAUUUAUAUCUACAUAACAACCGCUUGCAGUCUUUAGAAGAAGGAGGUCAGUUGUCAGAUCUGAAACUUGUUAAAGUUUUAAAUUUAAGCAGCAAUCAAUUUUAUCAAAUUCCUAAUGGAAUUAAAAACUUAUUAAGUCUAACAGAACUUUAUCUCCAGAAUAAUUACAUAGAAUUUUUACCAGAUGAAAUAAAAUUCUUGGAAUCAUUACAAAUAUUAGAUGUGUCAAAAAAUAAGAUAAGAACAUUAAAUCCGGCAUUGAGUGAAUUAAAAUGCUUGAGAUGUCUAAAAAUAUCUAAUAAUGAACAAUUAAAUAAACUUUGUGUAGAGCUGUGUUUGGCAAAAAAUUUGAUUUCACUGGAAUUAGAUGGGGAAAAAUUUGUUUUUCCUCCUGCUGAAAUAACUACUAAGGGAACCCAGGAAAUAAUGAAAUUUUUAUGUUCAAAAAUGAAUAUUGAAUAUAGUUCACCAGCAUCUGUUAUAACUGUUAUGUCACCUUCACAAGUUCCUAGCACAAAUUAUAAUGUAUUUGGGAGACAAAUAAGUUUUACAUGGGAGGAGCAAGAAGCUGCUAUUGUAGAACAGGAAAAUAAAAUACAUAAAGCUAAUCAAAAGCAAAGAGAAAAAUUCUUAUCUACAUUUUUGCAAGAACAACAAACAUUAGAUACUGAGAUAGCUAAGCUUCAAGAAAAUAGAGAAAUUGAAAGGCAAAAUCUGAUGAAAGUAAUACAGCAAGAAGAAGAAGAAAUUGAGUGUUUGGUUAACAACUUUAUUCAAACUGACCGAUUGAAUCCAGAAGUAGUUCAACAACAACUUGCUUAUGAGGAAGCUGAGCACAACCGCUUACUUGAAAUUACGAGACAAAAUUAUGAUAAUGUAAAGAAGGCCGAUAUAUUAUAUGCAAUGCAAAAGCUUUUAGAGAACGAUUACUCAGUACAGUUACAAAAGAGUAGUUAUAAAGAUGGUUUGAAUAAUAUUAAACAAAAUCUGCUAUCACAGGAGUUGGAAGGUGAAAAGAAAUUAAUAAACCUUCUGAAUGCCAAAGACCAAUCUCAUACAGCUUUAGUGCAACAACUACUAGAAGAUCAAGAUAUACAAAAAGCCAUUGUUUCGUCACUGCUUGAUCGAGUUGAUGCAAAAAGUUGGAGUCUUAAUCAGGAAAUUUCAUUAAUUUCUACACAUUUAGCUAGGCUUAGUGUGAUUGAACAAGAAAAGAAGAAGAUGCAAAUAGCAUUUAAUUACAAUGAGCUUUUAUGUCAAAGGUUAAAGCUAGUGGAUCUAUUAAAUGAUCUACUUGAUCAACAAAGUAAGAGAAGAAAACAGUUAAUUGAAACCAUGAAAGAAGCUGAGAGUGAAGUCAAUAAACCUAACGAUUUUUGGCUUAAGAGCUAUCAGAAACUACUGGAUUCUGCUCCAAAAUCUUUAUUUAACAUAAAAAAGCUAGAUCCUGUCUUUGCCAAUUACCUUUUGCAGGAAGGAGUAAUUCAUUGUUUACCCUUUUUGGUAAAGUAUUUAUUCUCAGGUGAGUCUCUAUUACAUAUUACUCACGAAAAUUUAAAGGAAGCUGGAGUCUCGUUAAGCUCAGAUAGAGAUGGUAUUUUGAAAGCUUUAAAAUUAUAUAUUCAAAUAAAAAGUCAAAAGUCUUGCAACAUAUGUUCAGAAGAGACUGAUAAACUUCAAAACAUAACAUAUUCUAGUCCGAAUGCCCCACCUUUAAAAUCAGACAAGCAAAAUGUCUCUGGGGUUCUAAAUAUUAAUGAUGAUGAAAAAGAAGACAUAAAUGUCGAGGGUGAAUGUGUAAUUUGCAUGGAUACCAAGUCGGAAGUAGUUUUCGUGCCAUGUGGUCAUAUGUGUUGCUGCCAAUCUUGUUCACAAAAGGAUUUGGAAGGCUGUCCCAUGUGUAGGACUGAUAUAGAAAGGACAAUUAAAAUUAUAUUAUCA